UCUGGGUACGUUCAAAAACAUAUCACGCCGUCCUGCUGGAAUUGCACGUUUGAAAGGCGCCCAAACCUCUCUUUUCGUUCAUUUUGCGCGAGAGCGCGUUGCCAUUCCGUCCACUGCGUCUAUUGUUCGACAUGGCGGCUCGCAUACUACCCAUCGGCCUGCUGCUCCUUGCAGUACAGCAAACUGCGGCCCAAGGGCCCUCCCCAACUUCGAACUUUUCCCUAAGUGUGACAUCGCAAAGCCCUUCGGCCUCCGUGACUGAGCCACCAUGCUGUUUCUACAUACCAAUGACCGUGGGUCUGAACGUAUGGUGGACUUCGUCAUUUACAGCGACUGUGGCGACGGUCGUCACAGAGUACCUCCAGUACAAUAACACCGUGAUACCGAAUGCAACAUCGACCAUAUACAAUGAAGUCAAGCCAGACGACUUCUACACCAGCAUUUCAACCGAUUUGCUUCCGGGAGUCUUAGUCUAUGAGCGAACAGCUAUUCAUCUUACCACUGUACUAUCGGACUAUUGGGGGGACAGUGUCAUGUCCUAUCCAACCCCUUUCGUGGAGGUCCAUCAGAUAGCGUAUGCAGAUGGAGGAAUUGGAACUGACACGGCCGGUGCUCAGACUUGCACCCCGGCACCGUUUAGCGGAGAUCCACAGUCGAGCUUCUAUUAUCUGUCCGAAGGCUAUGUCUUUGCACCAGAGACCACCGCUUGGACCGGCCCUGCAAACGACGUUGAAGCUCCCACCGGGGUCCUGGAUGCUUGGAUCGCGCAGACACCCGAUAUUACGUCGAAGAUUCCAUGGUUGAAGAAAUGCUCGUCGCUUCCGGGGUCGGGCGAACCCUCCAUACAUGUGCCUGUCACUGCCCUCACUGAGCAUUCCAAGAAGACCAUCCAAAUGACUGGAGUAGCACCAGGACAGCCGGACCAGCCGGCUCAGUCGACCGCGGCUCCAGAGCUAUCCUCCUCUCGACCUCCAAUCGCAACUCAACCGAUAGUGAGCAACCCAUUCCCACGGCCAACCCGUACGAGCGGUCCUCAACCGAAUCCCCAGACCUCUCUUCCAGGUUCUCCUGACGCUUCACCCCAGCCCAAUCCGAAUCCGAACCCUGAGACACCGAAUCCUGGAAAUCAAAAUCCUGGAAAUCAAAAUCCUGGAAAUCAAAAUCCUGGAAAUCAAAAUCCUGGGAGUCAAAAUCCUGGGAAUCAAAAUCCUGGGAAUCAAAAUCCGGGAAACCCCGACCCUAAUAAUCCCGGUGCGAACGUCCCCAGCAAUUCUCCGCAACCUUCACCCAUUCUCCCCGGCCCAUCUCUCCCAAUUCCUGUCAUUCCUGCCCCCAACAAUCCAGGCGUCGUCGUCCCCGGAGGCCCAACCCUCACUCCAGGCAUUACCACGACUAUCUCCGACCACGAGAUCAUCGUCCCCUCAAGUCCACCUACGGGUGUGGUCGUGCUCCCAGGCGGCGAGACCCUCUCUCCCGGAAGUACUACCACGAUCUCCGGCACAGAGGUUUUCGUUCCUACAGAUACACCAAGCGUCAUUGUGGUGGGUGGAACAGCUAUUCCUGCGCCUACAAAUAUCAUCGUCGUUGAUGGCACCACUGUACCUGUUCCAGCACCCAUAGAUAGUUCGUCCACGGAAUUGGAUAAUCUGUACACGCCAACGACGAUACCGCCCUCUCCUACGGGUAGCACCUCAAAUGGAGCAGGGAAGCCAAGCAAGCCGAUUUCUGGGCUGCCAGGAGAAUUCACGGGAGCAGCUGCAGCGACGCAGGUGUCUAUCUGGGGUGCUGGGGCAUUAGCCAUUGCUGGGGCCGUGAUCUUAAUCUAAUACUGGAGCAUCGUGUAAUGGCAAGUAAUGAGUAGACGUAAUUGACGCACUCUAUUUCAGCUGGGUAUCUCCAUAGAAGCCCGUGACGAAGCGGCAGUGAAGAAGGUGUAUAUAUAGGGUGCUGGGGUGUUAGCUAUGGUCGGGGUAGUGAUCUUGAUGUAGCACUGGAGCAUAA